AUGUCGGACGUGAGCGCACACGCUGUGACGUAUCCCAUUGAUAGCCUCUUCAACCCGCGACCUGCACUGGAGGCGUUGUUUCAACAUGUGCAUCGGCAUCUGAGUGAUCGAUAUGCGGGGCAUGGUACUGCUGAGCAUGUCUUCAUUUUCCCGCGACAAGUGGUGAACGACGCACACCGCCGACUCACAUGUGAAAGGCUGGCUUAUGCAGCCUCAAGGAGGGCCGUAGCAUUUCACAUUGCCGCCGAGAUCACAUCAAAGCACGCGAGAAUUCAUGGCGUUGCUCCGCUCCUCAAAAUGUGCCAGCUUCAUCUUCUCCACGACAUCAUCAGUACUGUGGAGUUGUCGCUCGGUCUUCUUGGAAUCCAAGGCUUGGCUAAUAUCGGUGGUAUGCAGCCACUGGUUGAGAGCCGUGUUGCGCCAUCAACAAAAGGCUGCUACGAAGUCGAACGCGAUGUCUUUAUGGUCCCACCACCGAGGCGACCUCACUUUUCAGGAACGCUGGUAUCGGAGCUCUUUCAUGCUUCAGCAUUUGGUGUGGAACUCGCCGAGACAUCAGGCUGGAACGGGAACGGCGGUGUGAACUAUUUUCGACUUCUUGGCACAAUUCCAAGUGAUUGUCAUUCGAAAUCUGCAUUCAAUCCAACACUAACACCGACAAUGCCACUUCCACUACACAGCACAUACGCAAUGAUGAAUAACCCUCCCACCAACUCCCUCAGAAACGCACCUCCGCCAUAUCCGCAAUCGAAUGACAUCCAGCAGGUCGAUUCCUGAAAUCCCCUUGAAUGAUCGCAGUAAAAGUAUUAAAAGCUCCCCAUCCAAUCACAUUGAAAGCUCCACCCACAGCUCCUAACGAGACCAUGGCGGUGGGAAUCGACAGAACACCAGUGGCGAAGAUGACUUUGAGAGAAAAAUGACACUUGCGCGAGGCCAGCCGACCGUACGGAAAUUGACAGCAGCAUCUUUGCGGAAGACUUCGUGGGCUUCGAAAUCUGAGAUUUCCCCUACGAGGACUUCGGGGUCGGAGGGCGGCGAGCUUGUGUCGAGGGGGACUUUUUUCUCGUCUUGUGAGACGGUAGGUGAGUGUGACAUUUUUGGGUCGCUGGAGAUGCCUGGACCUCGUGGGAUGGGAGAGUUGGGGCCAGGGAUGCGAGAGGUAGGAUCAGAAUGAGACAGAACGAUAGGGAUAUGGUAAGCGAUCACACUAGCCGCCGCGCAGGAGCGGAAAGAGGAGUAGUAUGGGCUUUCAUCUUUGUGUAUCUAGUCGCACAUCUCAUGUCGUGUUUUGCCAGGGUGCUACAGAUAAACAUCCGUGGAGGCCAACGAUGGAAGUGGUGAUCCUGGUCAGCAUGAUGCGGACGAGUCCUCCACAAUAGUCUUGGGCGGCGUGUUGGUUCGCGAGUAUCAUUGCGUGAGGAGAGAACAAGUCUUAGGCUAUCAGCAGAAGACUCGCUUGGAUGCAAAGUAGGUGAGGCGUUAUCUCUAGGCCGAAAGGAGCUGUUGAUAAGCUCUUGCCCGGGGGUCGUUCUGUGCUGGUCUUGGCACGGCCAGAUUGACUGUUGUGAGCCUUCGGGUGGGUGGUCGAAAUAUCGUAGACGUAACGCUCCUCGUGUCUUCCAAAAAAUGUCUCUGCUGGCACGCUGCAGGCACAGAGUCACAGGCACAAAUCGAUCUCCAACCCGAGUGAAAAUGCAGCCUGGCGGCCGGCAGAUGGCAUGCUGUAUCAUUUACUAGUACAACGCAACGUUCUUCGUUGCCGUCUAGACUCCUCGCUAAAUGAAUAUCAAUCCA